GGAAGAGAGAGAGAGAGAGAUCUGUCAAGUGUUUAUUUUUUCCCUGCCCCCAGCUUUCAGAAUGAAAUGGCUUUUAAUUCUUUCCUUUCUCAUAACAUGUUUUAGUAAAUUUUUGUGGAUCAUGUGCAAGGUUCUUGCUUUUAUCCUAUUUACACGAUUGUGGAUAUGAGAGUGGGGAAAGAAGAAAAAUAUCCUGUUUUUCCUUCUACAAUUAUAUCUCUGACCAUCUGCAGCCUUUCUGGCUACCUACUUUUCAAUUACCCUCCAGGGAAAGGAUUACGAGGUAACUAGCACAGGUGUAAUACAUAUCAUGAUCCUGUUCCAUGUCAGAUGCAAGCAACUUACAAGCUAUUUGAAAAAUACCCAUACCAAAACAGUAAUAAAGAAAUAUUAGCAUGGUUUGUGACAGGAUACAAAGGUGUCUUUCAAGUACACACAGCAGAGGCUGGUGUGACAGACAUCUAGUCACAAGUUACUUGCUACUUUUAUUUAUUAAAAGGAAUUUCAGAUGCUUCCGCACCAGGGAGGAGAAAGGGCUAAAUCCAAGUUUUAGUCCAAACUGUAAAGGGCUAUCUUAAACUAUUGGGGAGUGAAGUUCAGCACCUUGGAGAACUCCACCCUGCAGAGUGGCUUUAGUGACAACCCCCACCCCCGUUUUAAUUUGCUUGGCAUUCAGCUAUCAUUCAAAGAAUGUUGUGGGAAUAAAUAGCCAUAAGUAUGUACCCAGGAAUAAACUAGAUGUCCCAACACUCAGAUAACUUGGAUCCUGUUUAUCCACUCCAGAUUGUGUUGUCAAAGGCUUUCAUGGCCGGAAUCACAGGGUUGUUGUAUGUUUUUUGGGCUGUAUGGCCAUGUUCCAGAAGUAUUAUCUCCUGAUGUUUUGCCCACAUCUAUGGCAGGCAUCCUCAGAGGUUGUGAGGUAUGGAGAAAACUAAACAAAGAGGUAAAUAUAUAUCUGUGGAAAGUCUAGGGUGAGAGAGGUCAGUGUGAAUGUUGUAGUUAAUCACCUAAAUUAGCAUUGAAAAGCUUAUCUGCUGUCUUCUUCCUACCUCUGUGGCAUCCUUUGUUUAGAGUCAUUAACUGCCCUUGGUUGAUUCAUAUCUGGAAAUCCUCUGUUUUCAGAGUGUUGCUUUUUAUUUACUGUUCUGAUUUUUGAGUUUUUUUUAAUUCUGGUAGCCAGAUUUUGUUCAUUUUCAUGGUUUCCUCCUUUCUGUUGAAGUUGUCCACAUGCUUGUGAAUUUCAAUGGCUUCUCUAUGUAGUCUGACAUGAUAGUUGUUUGAGUGGUCAAGCAUUUCUGUGUUCUCAAAUAAUAUACUGUGUCCAGGUUGGUUCAUCAAGUGCUCUGCUAUGGCUGAUUUCUCUGGUUGAGUGAGUAUGCAGUGCCUUUCAUGUUCUUUGACUCAUGUUUGGGCGCUGCAUUUGGUGGUCCCUAUGUAGACUUGUCCACAGCUGCAUGGUAUACGGCAGACUCCUGCAAAGCCCUGACGGAUUGUGCUCAAAGAAUCUGCGAACCUCACCUCCUCCAAGAUGAACUAAACCACCUAAACUGGGCUCUACAGGCCAAUGGAUACUCCACCACAGACAUCAGAAGAGCUGCAAGGCCAAGAACAAGCCAUGAGAGUCAAGACAAAGAUCCACCCAGAGGAAAGGUGUUCUUACCAUACAUCAAGGGAACCACUGACCGCAUAGGCAAACUGAUGAAGAAGCACAACCUACAAACCAUCUACAAACCCACAAAGAAAAUCCAACAAAUGCUACGGUCAGCGAAAGACAAGAGGGAUCCUCUCUCCUCUGCACUCCAGAGGAUGCACUCCAGAUUAUGUGCAUACAUUAUAGAAACAAUUAAGAUAUGUCACAGCAAAAAUCUAAGCUAAUAGGAAUGAAUGAAAAAGGGAGUGAGAUCAAAAUGCAUUUUGACAACCAGAAAAGACUCUUCUAUGAUGUGGUACCUCAGGGAAAGCGUGGACAAAAAGAAAUUUCAAUGUGGAUUUUAGAUGUGAGUGUGAACUAUAGUUUGGAUGGAAGGUGACAGGACAUUAAAUGAGUGAUCCAAUUUUAUGUAACCAGCAAGUAAUCCUAGUAAUGCCAAAGAGCAGCUCAUUCCAUUACUCCAUUAUGAACAAUUAGGGAGCCAGAUGAAAGAUUUACUGCAGCAAAGCUUUGAAUUAAGGGCUUGAUUUCGUCUUCUGAAAGCGGAGGGAUUAGGAUGAGAGUGAAUUUCCAUUACACUCCAUUUUUCUAAUCAAGCAAUUCAACGAAAAAUACUGUUUUUGAUUUAACUGGAUUUUUUUUCUAGAUCUUUCAGAUUGUGUUCUUUGAAGUCAGGAAACACGGUGCAAUAAUAGCUCUCAUGGUCAUAAUAUCAGUCAGACAGAACAUCUUUUCCUUUCAGUCAAAACUAUGCCAGAAUUAAGAAGAAAACAUUUUGACCGCACGUGGGAAAAGAACAGCUAUUAUUGCAAUCCAACAGGGUUCAGCUGUUAACGAAAUCCAUCCUUGUUAAAAUGGAGUGUUGAAGUUAAUCUCCCUUAGUUUCUAUUUUUACUUAGCCUAGCCCACAUCCAUAAUGAUCUGUAAGAGGUUUACAAUGGUGAUAUAGUCCGUAGUUUCUGUUUGCAUCCUACUUGGAUGUAAGGCAUUGUUAAUGAGGGUGGAUGCCUUUUGUGUGGCAGACUUGAGCAAAAGAAGGGACAAAGUCAUUUCAUCAAGAUGGGUGGCAGUGAAUCAAAGGAAGAGCUUGUUGCUAUGGAAAACCACCACUGGUAUGCAAAAUUCAUGAAAGCGUGCCCAUCUGGAGAGCUCAGCCUGUACGAAUGCAAGAAGCUCCUCACUCUUGACAAUGCGUCCGCAGAGGCAAUUAGCUAUGUUGAGAAGGUGUUUAAUACCUUUGACACAAAUAAGGAUGGAUUUAUUGACUUCUUGGAAUUUAUAGCUGCAAUAAAUCUGGUCAUACGAGGGAAAAUUGACCAGAAGUUGAAAUGGUAUUUUAAGCUCUAUGAUGCUGAUGGAAACGGAACUAUUGACAAGAAAGAACUCAUAAGCAUAUUCACGGCUAUUCAAGCAAUUAAUGGCAACCAAGAGCUGUCUCCCGAAGAUUUUGCAAAUGUAGUAUUCCAGAAGAUAGAUAUAAACAAUGAUGGGGAACUGACUUUAGACGAGUUCAUUAAUGGAGUGGAAAGUGACGAAUACCUCCUAGAAAUGAUUUCAAAGAGCUUUGACCUUUCCAAUGUACUGAAAGUUAUACAAAGUGGGAGAAGACAUAGCAUCUGAGACUUUCAUACUGCGAAGAGGACUUGUAAUGAAAGAACAAUGCAAGGGACCUAUUCAGUAUCAACACAAAAUGUUACUUUUUCUAUCUACUGUUCGAAACAUAAGAAGUUCCGGGUGGAGUUGUCACAUCAGACUUAUCUGUCAUCUGUUUUCCCCAUUCCUCCCUGAGUGGAUAUGACAGUGAAUGCAAGAACACUGCAUCUUGUCUACUUACAUUGCAAAAACGAUUUAGUUUGAUAUCGAUAAAGCACUAUCUAUUAGCACCCCUAAUGAGGGGAAACCCUUGAUUUUCAAAAAAAAAAAAAAGUACACCUCCCUGGAAGAUAAAGACCUGACGAAUUCUUCUAAGUACUGUUUGUUUAACUUGCAAUUUACAAUGUGGCGAUAAACCAGUAGAUAGGAUUGGCUUCCUUCUAGAUCAAGUAAGGAUGAGAGAUGGUUUGCAUUAACUUAACAUUUGCACUAAUCGGUGCUUAAAAUAGGAAUGGAUUAUCUGGGAAACACCUCAAUCCGCUUAUGGGUCCAAAGAUAAAUAUCCACUCGGGAAAGCUGUUUAUCACUUUGGUAUUCUUAUUAAUACAUCUGUACUUUAAUGUGACUUAAGGCUUUGAUGUUUCAUCUCAUGUACUUUUCCCCUUUUUAUUUAAUACUGUUAUUGUGCAUCAUGUAUUCCUUUUUUUAAAAAAAGAUUUAACCUUUUUAGAGAAGGCUUACAUUUGUCAUGGUGUGACACUAUAGGUGGGGAAAAUAAUUAAAACUCCAGAGGAAGUGAAAACACAGGAACUUUAGUGAUCACUGAUUAAUUCCAUGAUCUUUGUGCUUAUUUGAUUUAAAAGCAGCCUAGGCUCCAUUUUUCUAUGAAUUAUCACAAUAAAAACAUUAUUCCGAAUAUAAAUUCCUAUUUAAUUGAUCAUGCAGUGAGGAAUGAGUACCUUAAAAUUUGCUUAGAUUACAAUAUUCCAUGAUCCAGAAUUUGACAGUCCUGGAAGAAAUAUUUUCUUCAAACAUUUUUGUCUUGUUGGAUCGCAUCUGUCUUACAGUGGCAUCCCAUUAGUCUUGAAGUGGUAAAAAAUUGAUAGAAAUUUCAAGUUUUUCAAAUGGGUUAGGAGCCAAGGAAUAGAGCUAAAUGUACAAUGCGGAAGAUAUUCCCCUAAUAAUAAUAAUAACAAUAACAACAACAACAACAACAACAACAACAACAACAACUUUAUUUUUAUAUCCCACCAUCAUCUCCCGGAAGGGAUUCAGGGCAGCUUAUAUGGGGACCAAGUCCAGCAUAAACAAAGAUUACAAGUUAAAACAUAGUUAAAAAUAUAACACAUAAACAAUUUAAUUAAAACAAUUAAAACCAGCAGAGUAAAAACAUCAUAAAAAUACAUCAACCAACAUCAGAAACCAGUAACCAGGAAAUGGUGGGCAUGGUCAGAUUUGAGAGGGCAAAGCAAGGACUUGUGCAAAACAAAGACUAUAGGCCAGGGCUGCGGGUAAAGUGCUGAAAAAACCUAAUCAAUAAAUUAGGGCUGGGCAGACCUGAUCAGGGAAUAAAACCGCCAUUCAAAGGCACACUGGAACAUUCAGGUUUUCAAGUCUUUGCAGAAGGUAGACAGAGUGGGGACUAAUCUAAUCUCCCUGGGGAGUUCCAAAGCAAUCUAACCAACCAUGCUUGUGACAGUGGUGGGAGCAAGAGAAGGUCUCCCCAGCAGAUCAUAGAGCCCACGUCGGUUCAUAGGGGUAGAUACAGUCACAAAGAUAGGCAGGGCCCGAACUUUUUAGGGAUUUGUAGGUAAUAACCUGCACUUCGAAUUGGGACCGGAAACCUAUCGGCAACCAGUGGAGCUGCUUUAGUCCGCUGCCUAUAACUAGCUCCAGUUAGCAACCUGGCUGCCAACCUUUACACCAGUUGCAGUUUCUAGGUUGUCUUCAAAGGCAGCCCCAAGUAGAGUGCGUUACAGUAAUCCAAUCUAGAUGUAACCAAGACAUGGACCACAGUGGCCAAGUCAGGCUUAAAUAUCUGUAGGAAAUCGGUUUUGCUUUCACAGAUUCGAUAAUAUUAUUUGAGGAAACAAUCAGACUGGACUCUGAGUAAGAGUCAUACAGUACUGAAGAAUAGUUCUGUCACCCCAGUCUCUUAAAAGGUGCAGCUUUAGAUACACGGCCAGCAAAGCAACUGAAAGUUUCUUGAUCUGAGAAAGAAAACUUUAAUUUGAAAAAACUAAAAUGAGGUAAAAAAAAAAUACAGAGAAUUGGAGCUCCCAGUGAUGCCUCCAAAAUGGAGGGACCCUGAGGCGUGACAGUACAUUUGCUUUUAUAGUUUCACAGUGCUGUGCCACCCUUUUGGGGCGUCACUCAAUCAUUCCCAGAAUCAAUUGGUUAAAAGACAAUCAGGCAAUUUUCACAUCAUGGUCCAUGUCCCCUGACCUGUACCCUCCCUUCGUCUAGUUCUUUUCCAUAGGAACACUUCAUCCCAAACCCAUUAUGUGCAAGGCUAGUGCUGACACCAGGCAGGGGAGGGACUGGCACGCCUCCAGCUUAUCAAGGGCAGACUACGGGGUGCUCACAGUACAAUGAGAACAGAGAAAUAAAGUAGAAAAGUGGCCUUGUUAUUAUGUUUGGGCAAAACUAAGAACUCCCAUAUUGGAUAAAUUUUGCAGAAAGAUGGACAGCAGUAUCCCCAAUUUUCACCAUAUUUCAAAUCUGUCUUUAAAAGUGCUGAAAUUCUAUUGCAACGAGCUGAAGUUUACGCAAAAUAGUUUAUGCAAAAUAGUUUAUUACAACUGAGGAAUAAAAGGGAAAUGUCCACAAUUAAUUAUUAACCUCUGUUUCUGUAGAUCCAUUUGAUCUCUAAUUUCAUACAGAAUAUAUCAUACCCUUUGUAAUUACCAGCAGUCAGAUCUUUGCCCCCCAAAUUGAAUAAUGGAUAGGAAUGCUUACAUUUUUUUCUCACUUAAUCAACAUAGCUCUAUUAUUUGUGUCAAUGUUUUCCCAACAGGAGAAUAUAUCUGUUGUGGAGAAAGGAGGUCAACAAAGGGAUUAAAUAAAUGAAUGGAGUUUUCUAUAGCCACAAUGCCUAUUCCAUUCAAAUGAAUGGUGAUUUUAUAGCGUCAAAAAUUAGUUUUUUUAAGAGAAUGUGCAGCAGUUAUGUUAAUGACCUAGGUGAUUUGAAUAAAAUGAAAUUACAUUAUUUUUUGACUUUCAUGUAUUUGACGGAGUGAUAGGAGAUGAAAACUACAGUGAGGAAGGAAAAUGCAAUAUGGCCAACUCAUAAAACGUCUUUAUUUUUCAUAUAUGCAACUUUCAUAGGCAGUUUACAAAUUGUCAAAAGUAGUCACACCAAUAAAGACAUUCAUUAUUACUA